UGGGGGCUCCUCCGGCUGGAGCCUUGGUGACAACAUCUACAUUUCACACAAUUGUCCCUAAGGGGGGGGCGAUAAAAGAACGACUGUGUAGCACCGGCCUGACACUCGCUCAGGGAGGCCCCUUCCCCACCGCCGUGUCUCCGGAGGAGCCAGAGCUGCGGGUCUUGGCCGGACCCUCUCCCUCCUGCGGGCCCUGAGGGCAGGGAGGAAGAAGACACCCCCGCUAUGGCUUCUCCACCCUGUGGGCCCUCGGAGGAAGAGGAGAGUGUGAAGGCGUGUGAGCUGUAUGUUCAGAAGCACUGCAUCCAGCAGGUGCUCAAAGACUGCAUCAUGCAUCUCUGCAUCUGUAAGCCAGACCGCCCCAUGAGGUUCCUCCGGGAGCACUUUGAGAAGCUGGAGAAGGAAGAACACAGACAGAUUUUGGCCCUGCAGAAGUCAAGCUCGCAGUCCGACUCCCACGAUGAUGAGGUUUCACCCACGCCUCCGAACCCCGUGGUGAAGGCCCGCCGCCGGCGCGGGGGCGUGAGUGCUGAGGUGUACACAGAGGAGGACGCGGUCUCCUACGUCAGGAAGGUGAUUCCCAAGGACUAUAAGACCAUGACUGCGCUGGCCAAAGCCAUCUCCAAGAACGUCCUCUUCGCUCACCUCGACGACAACGAGAGAAGUGACAUCUUCGACGCCAUGUUCCCCGUCACGCACAUUGCUGGGGAGACAGUUAUACAGCAAGGGAAUGAAGGGGAUAAUUUCUACGUGAUUGACCAAGGAGAGGUGGAUGUGUACGUGAACGGAGACUGGGUGACCAACAUCAGCGAGGGAGGCAGCUUCGGGGAGCUGGCGCUCAUCUACGGCACCCCCAGGGCCGCGACGGUGAAAGCCAAGACAGACCUCAAGCUCUGGGGCAUCGACCGUGACAGCUACCGGCGCAUCCUCAUGGGCAGCACGCUGAGAAAACGCAAGAUGUACGAAGAGUUCCUGAGCAAGGUCUCCAUCCUAGAGUCCCUGGAAAAGUGGGAGCGCCUGACUGUGGCCGACGCGCUGGAGCCCGUCCAGUUUGAAGACGGAGAGAAAAUCGUCGUCCAGGGGGAGCCGGGGGACGACUUCUUCAUCAUCACAGAGGGCACUGCAUCCGUCCUGCAGCGCCGGUCCCCCGACGAGGAGUACGUGGAGGUGGGGCGCCUCGGGCCCUCCGACUACUUCGGGGAGAUCGCCCUGCUGCUGAACCGGCCGCGUGCGGCCACGGUCGUGGCCCGGGGGCCCCUCAAGUGCGUCAAGCUGGACCGGCCCCGCUUCGAGCGCGUGCUGGGCCCCUGCUCCGAGAUCCUGAAGAGGAACAUCCAGCGCUACAACAGCUUCAUCUCCCUCACCGUCUGAGCUGCUGACCACGCCGAUGUGGUGGCCGUGUGUGCUUGUCUGUGUCGGGAGGUGGCGGCUGGGCGGGGCUGGCGUCCGGCCGUGUGGGGGCUGCCCCUUCCCCAGACUCACCGUUUGGAAUAAAUAAUCACCUCGUGUAUUUCAAAAACAAAGGGCAAGUGAGCCAAAUGCACCCGAGACCAAGGACAUGGCAGGCCAAGCUCCUUCCCACAUGUCACCUCGUCAGCCUCUGUGGGCGUGUCACGAGGACCCCAUCCCUCCGACAGUCAUCUGGUAGCCCUUGUAGCGCUCCUCCCCAGAACCUGGCCAAGACGUUGGCCCCACAGCCCCCAGUCCCCAGGAUGUCCAAGGGUGGGAUAGACUGUCAAACGGGGCUGUCCCCAGAGGGUCACAGGCUGAGAGCGAGAAGCUGAGGCUGAAGAGGGAGUAUCGAGCACUCCACUCCCGCCACCACAUACCCACCUGCCAGGGGCUUGUGGGGGACUCUGGGUGGGGGAGUCUCUGGCCUAGGCUGGAGAGGGUUGGGGUCCUGCCUUGGGGACAGUGCCACUUGGCUGAGAGUGACCCACCUGGGCGGUGCUCUCGUGGGAUGCUGGGAAGAGCUGCAUGAUUUUGGUGGCUUGCCCUUGCUUUUCUUAGAAAGCCCAUCCAGAUGGGUUGGGUACGCUGCCAGACACUUAGGGACACUUGUGGUGCCCCCACUGGGCUGGACACCUGGACGGGAGAAAAACACAAUUUGAGUUUGUGACUUUCCGAGAUCCAGUGGGUGCUGUUCUGGGUCCCUGUUCCCUUGGCGUCAGGGGGAAUCUCGAACAAUGUCUGGUUCCACUUCUUCCCAAAGCAGCUGCUUUAGAGACCUUGCCGGUGGGGGAGGAGGGGUUUCUGAAACAUAUUCUGAUAAAGUCCUAGGACCAGGGUCCCCUUCUGAGUCCUUCCCUAGCCGAUACACCUAUUGCUGAAGAGAAGUCCCAGGAGACACAUGCAAUUCAUCACCCCAGGCUCUGUUGUCCUGCCAUAAGGGACGAGACCUAAGUCGGACAAGCCUUGGGUCCCACCACCUACAUCGUCGUUGACUGACGUGUCCCUUCAGUCCCACGGUGGCAAAGUGAGCCAGGCCCAAGGGGGGUAAGCAAGUGCAGGGAGCUUCACCGUAGCUUCUGGGUGUCCUGAAAUGCAGUGACAUCGUGCGGUGAUCCCGACCUUGCUCCGGCUGUGCACGUCCGAAGGAGGCCAUCUGUGGUCUGAGGUGACAGUGCAGGCCCUCCCUGGAGGUAGCACAGGCGUCAGAGCCCCUCCCCGCCCAGCCCUGGCCCCACCGCCUUGCCCCACCUUUGCCUGUGGAUGUCUCUGUGUACCUGCGAGCCCUGCCACGCCCCCCGCCCGUGCUCUGGAUGCUGCAUGAACUAUUAAAUGUGCAAUGAAGAACCUCUUCCUGACUCGGAGGUUUCGGUCUGCGAUCUGUUGUAGAGAAAGG